AGCGGCCGGCGCCGCGACGACCUCCUCGUCCUCGUCUUCAAAAAGAUCGCCCACGGCCUCGCAGAGCGCGACGAAGCCCGCCCGGUCCCGCGCGCCCGGACCCCACAUCUGCCGCAGCUCGUCGUCGCCCAGGUCUCCGUCCGCGAUGAGCUCGGCCAAGAGCGGCGCCGCCGCGGCCGCGUCCACCACAACGACCGGCUGGCCCUGCGCCAAGCGGUCGAACUCGGCCUCGAGGACGUCGCGCGGCGCCAGGCGCCGCCUGAGCGAGCUGCGUCCACCAUGGCUCGCGCGUAGCGUGGGCACCAGCGCUGCCGCGAGCGGCAGCAGCGCUGCGAGAAUGAAUCCCACGCGCAUUUUCGGCGCGUUUGGUGCAGCGCAAGGGUGGAUAUGGCCACCCAACACGCGAGAGAGGAUGCCAGCCUCUCCCAAGCUGGCCACUUGCAGUCGUGUGCACCCGUCGAGACGAAGUGCGCCGUUUGAUCGGCGUGGCAGUCGUGAUCAGCGUGAUCAGUGCAUAACAACCGUCGCGCGUGCAAACGACGUCGCAGCGCUCCGGCACACGCAGCAAGUGCAGUGUGCCAGAGUCAGCACGCGGUCGCAUGAGGCGCCGCGGCGCACUGAUGCUGAUGAUCGCCGCGGCGCGCGCCUGGCGCCCCGCCGUGCGGCAUGCAAGCCGCCUGCGGCCGCUGAGUGCGAGGCCGUCGGCGGCCGGCGUCGCGCUCGAGCUGCGGUCGCUCAAGGACAACGCUGAUGUUGUGAAAGCGCACGUUGCAGCGCGGGGCGGCUCCGACGACGCUAUUGAAUCCGUCGACGCCAUCGUCGAGCUCAAUACGAAGCGAGCAUCAUUACAAAAGGACCGCGACGCGGCACUCGCGACGCGUAAGAAGCUCUCCGGCACCAUCGGUAAAGCGAUCAAGAACGGCGAGGACGUCGACGCCUUGAAGGCUCAAGUGGCCGAGGCCGGCGCGACGGCCGACGCCGCGUCCGAGCAGAUGGAUUCGAUCGAGACCGAAGCUUUGACUUUACUGGAAGCAUUGCCGAACGUGUUGAGCGAUGUGACGCCCGACGGCCGCGACGAGAGCGACAACGUCGUGUUAAGGGAGUGGGGCACCGACCAGAGGAAGGUCGGCGACGACUACCAGUGGCACGACGAGCUCGCGGAAGGUCUUAGUGGGUACGAUCCGGAAGCCGCUUCUCGAGUCGCUGGCGCGCGGUUCGCGGUCCUCAAGGGCGGCGUGGCUCGCUUAGAACGGGCCCUGGCGAACUUCUUCCUCGAUGCUCAUGCAGCAAAUGGCUACGAGGAGGUGUCCUCACCGUUACUCGUCUCUAGAUCUGCAUUACGAGGCACGGGGCAAUUACCAAAAUUUGAAGAUGAUCUAUUCCGGGUGGCGAACCACGGCGUGCGGGGCGAGGACGCGUUUCUCAUUCCCACUUCAGAGGUACCCUUAACGAACUUCUGGCGCGGCGAGACGCUCCAGGAAAAAGAUCUGCCAAUAAGGAUGGUGGCGCACACGCCCUGCUUCCGGGCCGAGGCCGGGUCGUAUGGGAGAGAUACGCGCGGUUUAAUAAGACAGCAUCAAUUUGGCAAGGUCGAGCUCGUGAAGAUCGUAGCUCCGGAACACGCGGACGCCGAGGCCGACGCGUUGUUGGGGGAUGCGGAGGCGUUGCUGCAGGCGUUGGAGUUGCCUUACAGAGCCGUGCAGCUGUGCGCCGGGGACGUCGGGUUCAGUGCCCAGAGGUGUGUCGAUUUGGAAGUGUGGCUACCUGGCCAACAAGAGUACCGCGAGGUGUCGUCCUGUAGUCUCAUGGGCGACUUCCAAGCGAGGCGGAUGAACCUGCGCUACAAGCCGGCACCGUCUCCGGAGGACAAAAAACCUAGACCCCGCUUCCCCUGCACGAUGAACGGCUCCGGGCUGGCCGUGGGUCGGGCUUUAGUUGCUGUUUUGGAGAACCACCAGAACGCCGACGGGAGCGUCAACGUGCCGUCAGUACUGCGGCCGUACCUGCAGGGUCUGGAGGUGCUCGGGAAGUAA